UAAACCACAAGCAGAAGAAGAGGGAGAGAUGUGGCCCUUUGGUGGUGCCACCAUUAAACGCAGCCUCCAUGGCGAAUCAAGACCUUCUACUGUGAUCUAGAGUGAGCUGCUAUUGCUUUAUGUCCCGAUUAUCCGCCACCACCCGUUUCUCGCUCCUCUUCUUCUCCAACUUCAACCUCAACCUCAACCCCACCCGUUUUCUCUCUCUAUUCAACCCUUCUCGCCUCUCUUUCUCCACUCUCCAUCUCUGCAAGUCCCUCGCUCGCCUUCUUGCCUCCAAAACCCUAGCCCUUUUCACCAUGGACGAUCUCUUCCCCAAUGACGAUGAUUUCUGGGACCUCGAUGUGGGUUCCCGUUCCCGCCCCCCACAGCGCCCUCGCCUCCUCGAUGACUAUGAUUAUGACGAUAAUGAUCCCGAAAAGGUCUACUUUGUUCCCUUCAGGUGGCUGCAGGAAACUCAAAAUGAUAGCGAUCAAGUAGUAGGUGUUUUAUAUAGUGUGUCAUCAGAUGAAGAUGAUGAUUCAGGAAUUCUUUUGGAGCUGAGGAAACAAGAAGUUUACACAAAAUAUGAUGGUGUUGAAGAGAGGUCUUCUGGUCGUGAAUACGCCUUGAUUGGGGAAGCUUUGUGGUUGCAGGCUCUAAAGCGGCAUAGUGACGUUAAAACAACAUCAAAUUAUGCUGGCCGACUCUUCAGAGAUGAAGAAACGUUGCAGGAUGUUUUUCCUUUGCAAAUUAGGAUCUUGGUAUCAUGGGAGACAAAUUUGUUAGCUGUGAAGAUAAAUCGAAAGGAUAACUUAGCCGACUAUUAUAAGAGAGCUUCCAUUAUUUUCAAUUCUAGCUCUGAACCGUUUCACAUUUGGGACUUCUCAGGGCAAACAAAUCAGCUUUUCGCAAAUAAUAUGAACAAUUUUCUUGAUGAUUCUCCUGUUCAACGAGUUAAAGAGGUCCGACUUGAGUUGCAAGUCCAUGAUGUUUUGGACAAUAUGAUGGAUAGAUAUGAGAAGGUUGCUAAUCUAACUGAAGAGCUAAAGACUGAGGAGUCCCCCAUUAUCAUAAAUGGGAUUAUGGAUAACGCGAAAUCUUAUUUGACUGAAUCCAGCCCUAUGAUACGUGGAAACAGUUUCAGGGUAGCCAGUUCCAUGGGUUUGACAGGAUUACAGAAUCUUGGGAAUACUUGCUUCAUGAAUAGUGCUCUUCAGUGUUUGGUGCAUACUCCAAAACUUGUUGAUUAUUUCCUUGGAAAUUUUCAAAAGGAGAUCAAUUAUGAAAACCCUUUGGGGAUGAAAGGAGAGCUUGCUUCAGCAUUUGGAGACUUGCUCAGGAAACUAUGGGCCCCUGGCUCAAAAUCAGUGCCUCCAAGAAUGUUUAAACUUAAACUUUCUAAUUUUGCUCCCCAAUUCAGUGGUUAUAAUCAGCAUGAUUCCCAGGAAUUUCUUGCCUUUUUGUUGGAUGGCCUUCAUGAAGAUCUAAACCGCGUUAAAUGCAAGCCAUAUUUUGAAGCUAAGGAUGUAGAUGGCCGCCGUGACGAAGAAGUAGCUGAAGAAUGUUGGCAAAAUCACAUUGCCCGUAAUGAUUCUAUUAUAGUCGAUUUGUGCCAGGGUCAGUUUCGGUCAACAUUGGCGUGCCCUGCUUGCAAUAAGUUAUCAGUUACAUUUGAUCCAUUCAUGUACCUAUCUCUGCCAUUGCCCUCGACAUCAGUGCGUAGUAUGACCCUGAGGGUCUUUACAUGUGAUGGGAUUACAUUGCCUUCUACGUUUACCCUAUCAGUGCCAAAGUCCGGAAGAUUGAAAGAUCUUAUUGAUGCCUUAAGCACUGCUUGUUCUUUGAGAGAGGAUGAGACCCUGUUGGUAGCUGAGGUAUACAAGAAUCGUAUCUUCCGUCUUCUGGAGGAUCCAUCUGAUUCGCUAGCAUUGAUUAGGAACGAAGACAAGCUUGUUGCUUACAGGUUACCAAGAGAUAGUGAACCAUCCAAGUUGAUUGUUUACGUGCAUCAACAGUCUGAAACGCAUGAUAAUUCAGGAAAGCUAAUUUUAGGCUCAAAAACAUUUGGAGUCCCAUUUGUAGCAAGAGUGCCUGACUUUUGUCGUGAAUCAGAUAUUCGUCAGCAGUUCCUCAAGUUUCUUGAUCCGUUAAAAAUGCCUGAAGACAAUACGCUUAGGAACUGUGAUGGCGAAGCUGGUAUUUCUGGUAAUGAUGACUUUGAGAUGGAUGAUGCCUCGGGCCCGAAAAACUUGGAUACUGAUGAGAUACCAAACAAUGGAAAUAUUGUGAACUCAAGUUUGCCUUCUGAUUUCGUAUUCUAUUUGGCUGAAUCACGGGGAGCUUCUGAAGGUACCCUGAUUAAUCCGGAUGAACCUUUAGUUAUCUCUGAGUUCACUGAGAGGUUGGAUGUUCUUGUCAUGUGGCCAGACACGAUGAUUAAUAAAUAUGAUACAUGUCUAAUGAGUUCACUGCCCGAUGUUUUCAAACCACAUUUUCUUGCAAGGACACCUCAAGAGUUUGUCGAUUUGUAUAAGUGCCUUGAAGCUUUCUUGAAGGAGGAGCCUUUAGGACCCGACGAUAUGUGGUAUUGUCCUAGAUGCAAGAAGCCUCAGCAAGCAAGAAAAAAGUUGGAUCUCUGGAGGUUGCCUGAGAUUCUUGUCAUUCAUCUCAAAAGGUUUUCGUAUAGCCGAUUUUUGAAGAACAAGCUGGAAACAGUUGUUGAUUUCCCAAUAGAAGACCUGGAUUUUUCAAAUUACAUAGCUUUCAAGAAUAGCCAUCUGAGCAAUCGUUACAUGUUAUAUGCUGUUAGUAAUCACUACGGAGGGAUGGGCGCAGGUCACUAUACUGCUCAUGUUCUUCAUGGUGGUAAAUGGUAUGAGUUUGACGACGAUCGAGUUCUUCCUGUGAGCGAAGAUGUUGUAAAGUCAUCUGCUGCUUAUGUUUUAUUUUACAGAAGAAUUCCAGAAGUAUAAUGUGGUGAAGUUUAUACAUGGUUUUGAAGGUUAGUGUGAGACAACACCCUACAGCCCCUCCCCCAAUGAGUUUUUCUGGUUUACUUAACAUCACUUCCUUGCAACUUUAUUCUGUUUGGGAGACGAGAAAAGAAGAAAAAGAAAACUUGUGUACAGCCAGAAGAA